GGGCUUCUCAGGAUCGGUGAAAAAAUGGUUCAGCCUCAAUGAUUUCAUCCAUGACCAUAAUACUGUCGAGAAUAAAUAUCAUCCGUAUAUAUACUAACCAGGCAGACCCUAGUGGUAUCAGCGCAUCGAAACUAUUGCAGUUUCGGCAGCGGUUGGGCCUGAAUGAUAGACCCGACCAGUCAUGACAUCGUUUGAAGCCGCCAACCUCAGUCCUGCGGCAAGUACCCAAGCACGCCAGCGCCGAACGACGAUUGUUAUGUGUGUUAUCGCCUUAUUAUUCACGAUACUACGUGUAAUUUCUCGCAAAAAGCAAUCUUUCAAGCUGGCAAAGGAUGACUGGGCACUGUUUAUUUCUUUGGGCUUUGUAUAUACCCUCAGUGGGUUGAACUUUGGGCUCGUUCAUAAUGGGAUGGGUUUGCAUCAGGCUGCAUUGCCUGCCCAGAAUUUAAUCGUGAUACACAAGAUAUUGCUAGCAUUUGAGUGCAUCUAUACCUCCUCGGUAGCGAUGAUCAAGAUAUCGGUUCUUCUCAUGUACCAUCGUAUCCUCAGGUCCGAAAGGAGCUUUCGAAUCGCUGCGCUCAUUCUCGGUCUGAUCACCAUUGGAUGGUGGAUCUCGAUUGUCUGCGUUUGCAUAUUUCAAUGCAAUCCUAUCGCAAAAGCCUGGAAUAUCGUGCUUCCUGGAACAUGCAUCAAUCUACGAGGCUCGUUUAUUGGGAAUGGCGUUCCCAAUAUCGCAACUGAUGUUGCUAUCUUAUCCUUACCAGCUCCGCAGGUGUGGAAGCUUCAUACGAGUGUACUGAACCGCCUUGGAGUCAUAGCUAUUUUUGGCUUGGGAAGUUUUGUCCUCGCCGCCAGUAUCUACCGAUUCAGUACUCUGUUUGCUUUUGACAUCAUGGAUCUUACCUGGACACUUGCAACCCCCUGUACAUGGUGUGUCGUCGAAUGCGCAAUGGGCGUGACAUGUGCCUGCCUUCCAACCCUCCGCCCACUGUUCAAACUAGUAUCGGCAUGGUUCGGAUGCAAAGUUGGCGCCAAAGACAGCCCCUUCAGCAACAUUUUCGGACAAAUGAGACAGGCCGAACACCCUGUCUGGCUCGGUAGUGAUAAUGGCUCGCCAUCUUGUAAUGGUGCAGUGAAGGACUCGCAAUCUACGGCGGGCAUGGACAGUAUGGUUUCUGAUGAGAUGUUCUUGCGGAGGGAAAUGAGUGUGCGCGGUGAGAGGAUAAGGUUGGUGUAAACUUUCAGAUAUUUAGAUUGUGAGCUUUGUAUAGAGGGUAAAGGAUAAAAAUUGCUAAUUUAUUUUUAAAUCCUGGGAGGUGCCGGCACAUGGUCAUGAAAGAAAAAAUGUAUUCCCCGGGUCUAUAGUAAGGUACUGGAUAAGGUUUCUCAGCAUUGUGGCUGUAUUUAAUAUCGAGGG